CUCAGCAGGCCGAGGGAGCGAGCAUCGCGCUGCGGGCGCCGAGCUGGGCGAAGCUGAGUUUGCGAGGCGGACAGAUCUGAAGGAUGCAGCUACAACUUCUGAAGGUGGUGGAUGGCACCAUACCUGAGCUGGGCCAUGACACCACGUGGCUGUGAUGCGGGCCCCUCAUGGCCUCAGCAGGGACCGAGCAAUACGGGAUUGGCCUCCGCAGAGGAAGCAGCUUCCGGCAGAGUGACCCCUCAGGCACUGUACAUGCCUCACCAGUUGAGAGACCCUCGGAGGGCAAAGUCUGGUCUCAGGCUCAUCCGCAGGUGAAGCCCAUCUGGAAGCUGGAGAAGAAGCACAUGGGGACACUGUCAACAGGUCUGGGCCCGGGCCUCUUGGGUGCCCCACCACAACCAGCCUAUUUUGUUUGCCCCAGCUCUUUAUGUAGCGCUGGGGGCACGGCAGUCCUCGCAGGCCACAGCAGCUCCUGUUACCUGCACUCCCUCCCGGAUUUGUUCAGCAGCACCCUGCUCUACCGCCGCUCCAACUACAGGCACAAGCCGUACCAGCAGCUGGAGUCUUUCUGCCUGCGGUCGAGCCCAUCCGAAAAAAGGCCUUUCUCUCUCUCUCAAAAGCGCCUUCCUGCCGGUCUCACUGCCAAUAAGGCCACGUUGCCCCCAGCCUCCCCUGUGGCCCAGCCCAUGGCCUCCUCACCCACCGAUCCGUACUUGGCAUCACCGGGAGCAGCCGGAGAGAACUUCGCAGGGAAGAGCCCAGCCUCUGCCGUCUCAGGGAAGAUCCCAUCUCCACUCUCUUCCUCCUACAAGCCUGUGCUAAAUAACAACUCCUUCAUGCGGCCAAAUAGCACUAAAGUGCCUUUAUCCCAGACCCCAGAGGGCCUGAAGCCAGCAUCCACCCCCAAGAUGCAGGUUGUCUCCUGGCAUCACCCAGGGGGUACUGGAGACUGUGUGCCCCAGCCCACUGAUCAUAAGACACCCCGAAGGAAUGACACCGUCCUCCAUGGAGCCGCUGCCCAUGCCACCGUGUCAGCCCCUGGCUCCCUAGAGACCUUCGUCACCAGUGUUGCCUCUCUGCAGUACAACCAGAAUAACUCGGCCAUGCGGGCUGAGCCACAUGGCUCGGGCCUGGAUGACGAGCCUGACCCCCAGGGUCAUGCUAAGGAGGUUCGGCUCACCGAAGCUGUGAGGAAGUUGACCGCAAGAAGCUUUAGAAAGGUUCCAAGACAGGGAUACCAGUUUGAACAGUCUUGUUUCAUGAACCCCAGCUUCCAGUGGGGUCUCCUCAACAAGGGCCCCCGGUGGAAACCCACCAUGGUGGGCCAGCAGUUUCCUCCGGACGAUGCCGGCACACACAACCAGAGUCUCCCUGGUGCCUCCGACACCUUGGGGUUGGACAGUACCGUCUUCUGUACCAAACGUAUCAGCAUUCACCUGCUUGCCUCACCUGCCAACGGGCUCAACCACAGCCCUACCUAUGGAUCCGAGGAGGACCCCUCACCACUUGAAGGAGGCAAAACUCACGUUCCCACUCCUUCCGCUCCACCACUUGGCAUAGCAGAUGUGGCCAGCCACCUCUCGUCCAUCCGUCUGGACCAGCCUAGGAGGGAGCCUCAGGAAGGCAGACAGCUGGACUCCCCCGCCAGGGAUGCCGAUUCAGCUACCGACCUCCUGACAGACCAGGUUGAAGCUGAAGAUGUUGACGAAGAUCUAGUGGACAGUUUGGAGGACUGCUGCAGCCAUGAUGAGAAUGAAGAGGAGGAGGGAGACUCGGAGUGCUCCUCAUUCAGCGCUGUCUCCCCCAGCGAGUCCGUGGCGGCAAUCUCUCGGAACUGUGUGGAGAUUCUGACCAAAACCCUUUCCAGUCAUGAGAAAGUUGUGCGGCCAGCCCUUAUCUACAGCCUCUUUCCCAAUGUGCCCCCGACCAUCUAUUUUGGCACUCGAGACGAGCGAGUGGAGAAACUUCCUGUGGAGCAAAGAAAGCUGCUCCGGUGGAAGAUGAGCACAGUGACCCCCAACAUUGUCAAGCAGACCAUCGGGCGAUCCCACUUCAAAAUCAGCAAGAGGAACGACGACUGGCUGGGCUGCUGGGGUCACCACAUGAAGUCUGCUAGUUUCCGGACCAUCCGGGAGCAUCAGAAGCUAAACCACUUCCCAGGCUCCUUCCAGAUUGGGCGGAAGGACCGGCUGUGGCGGAACCUGUCGCGAAUGCAGAGCCGCUUCGGCAAGAAGGAGUUCAGCUUCUUCCCCCAGUCCUUCAUCCUGCCCCAAGAUGCCAAGCUCCUGCGCAAAGCCUGGGAGAACAGCAGCCGCCAAAAGUGGAUCGUGAAGCCACCAGCAUCAGCUCGAGGCAUCGGCAUCCAAGUCAUCCACAAGUGGAGCCAGCUCCCCAAGCGGAGGCCCCUCCUGGUACAGAGGUAUCUGCACAAACCCUACCUCAUCAGCGGCAGCAAGUUCGAUCUACGGAUCUAUGUUUACGUCACUUCCUAUGAUCCUCUACGGAUUUACCUCUUUUCAGAUGGACUCGUCCGCUUUGCCAGCUGCAAGUAUUCCCCUUCCAUGAAGAGCCUCAGCAACAAGUUCAUGCACCUGACCAACUACAGUGUCAACAAAAAGAAUGUCGAGUAUCAGGCCAAUGCAGACGAAACUGCCUGCCAGGGGCAUAAAUGGUACUGGGGGCAGGAUGUCCGUCCAACUCAAGUGAAGGCCCAGAUUGUUCUGGGGCCUCGGGAGGUUUGGUGGAAUGACUACAGGAUGGAUAGAAGAAACAACUCUCAAAAAACCCAAACGGAAAAACUUCCUGCCGCUGGGUCCUUUCUACUCAUAGGCCCGAGGAUUAUGGCAUCCUUGUUGAACCUGGUCCGGAUCACAGAGGCAUCUCCUGAGAGUGGGUCUUCCUGGAAGGUUUUCUGUCUUUGCUGUCUCUGGGCCCUCUCCGUUCAUCGCCGUCUCUGGCCUCUGCCCUCUGGGAGGAGGAGCAGGACUGAGUGCCUCCUUCCCGCCCUGACCAGCUCGGAGCCCUAUGUGACCAGCCUGCUCAAGAUGUACGUGCGGCGGCCUUACAACUGCCACGAGCUCUUUGGUUUUGACAUCAUGCUGGAUGAGAAACUCAAGCCCUGGGUCCUGGAAGUCAACAUUUCCCCCAGCCUCCACUCUAACUCUCCCCUGGACGUCAGCAUCAAGGGCCAGAUGAUCCGGGACCUGCUGAACCUGGCGGGCUUUGUGCUGCCCAGCAUGGAGGACAUCCUAUGCAGUCCCAGCAGCCCCAGCAACUCCAGCACCAGCCUUCCCAGCACCCCUAAGGACAAAUCCCGAAUGGCUCCCGAACACCUCACUGCACAGAAGAUGAAGAAAGCCUAUUAUCUGACCCAGAAGAUUCCUGAUCAGGACUUUUAUGCCUCCGUGCUGGACAUCCUGACUCCGGACGACGUGAAGGUGCUGGUGGAGAUGGAGGACGAGUAUUCUCGCCGCGGUCAAUUUGAACGGGUUUUCCCUUCGCGGAUCUCCACUCGCUAUCUCCGCUUUUUCGAGCAGCCACGAUACUUCAACAUUCUCACCACCCAGUGGGAGCAGAAGUACCAUAGCAACAAGCUCAAAGGUGUAGAUCUCCUUCGGAACUGGUGCUACAAAGGGCUCCACACAGGCGUCAUCCUUGAUUCUGCUCCCGUGUGGUCUCUCCCGCCGGGACUUCUGAUGACCCCAAAGGGUGACACGAUACCUAAUGCCUUCUGCAAAUCAGAGAUUGACGACCUGGGGAAGCACAGCUCCUCUGAGGGAAACCUGCCGCACUCUGAAGAUGGAGCCAGCCCCAAGGCCAAGAAGACGCCAGCUAGCCUUUCUCCUUUCCCCAGGAAGCCCAGUUUCUCCAAGGACAGCGAGGACACCAGCAAAGAGGCCAGCCUCUCCAUCCAGAUGUUACCUCUGAUCAAGUGCUCCGGGCAGACUUCGAGACUUUCUAUCUCCCCCAUCUCCCAGUCGACCAGUGACUCCAUCUUUGCUGCUGUGAGCCCCUGACUGGCCUCCGCUCUCUAGUCCACCCCUAGGAGCACCAGUGUUAGCUACCUCACAGGAAGGACCCUGCUGGCCCGCCGCUCUGAACCCCCAUCCCACCACCUUGCCCUCCAGAGAGUAUUUUUGAAAUGGUUCAAUUGGCAGAGAUGGUUGUAUCUGUAGGGCUGGAGGGAUUGUGGGGGGUGGAGAGAGGUGCAGAAGGACCACCUUCUAUCACUUGCCUGGUGCCUCAUAUCUCAACAGAGAAACCCACGGUGACCACACAGCCUCAUAAAACAGGCUUUGCUUUCUA